AGGUGAGGACAAGGCAAACUCAGGGUAGGGAGACUCCCUCACCAGUGGGGAGAAAGACAGGAGUUGUCUCCACCAUGGCCGGAACAAAGGCACUUCUGACGCUGGAGAACUUCAUUAAUGGAAAGUUUGUACCUUGUAGCUCAUAUAUCGAUUCUUAUGAUCCGUCCACGGGGGAAGUAUACUGCAGGGUGCCAGACAGUGGAAACGAAGAGAUCGAAGCCGCAGUGGAGGCCGCCAGGGCAGCGUUUCCCGGCUGGUCGGCCAGGAGCCCCCAGGAGCGCUCACAGGUGCUGCACCGGCUGGCGGAUCUGCUCGAGAAAUCCCUGGAGGACUUGGCCCAGGCGGAAUCCAGAGACCAAGGGAAAACCAUAACGUUGGCAAGAACCAUGGACAUCCCCCGGUCUGUGCAGAACUUCCGGUUCUUCGCCUCCUCCAUCCUGCACCACACAUCAGAGUGCACACACAUGGACCACGUAGGCUGUCUGCACUACACCCUGCGGGCCCCCGUGGGGAUCGCUGGUCUGAUCAGCCCCUGGAAUUUGCCACUCUACUUGCUGACCUGGAAGGUGGCUCCGGCCAUUGCUGCCGGCAACACCGUCAUAGCCAAGCCCAGCGAGCUGACGUCAGUGACGGCCUGGAUGAUGUGCAAACUCCUGGAGACAGCAGGUGUUCCACCAGGUGUGGUAAAUAUUGUGUUUGGAACGGGGCCCAAGGUAGGCGAGGCCCUGGUGUCCCAUCCAGAGGUACCCCUGAUUUCCUUCACGGGGAGCCAGCCCACCGCCGAGCGGAUCGCCCAGCUGAGUGCUCCCCAUUGCAAGAAGCUGUCCCUGGAGCUGGGGGGCAAGAACCCCGCCAUCAUCUUUGAGGAUGCCAACCUGGAGGAGUGCAUUCCCACGACCGUCAGGUCCAGCUUUGCCAACCAGGGUGAAAUCUGCCUCUGUACCAGCAGAAUCUUUGUCCAGAAGAGCAUCUAUAGUGAAUUUUUGAAGAAGUUUGUAGCAGCUACCAGAAUGUGGAAAGUUGGCAUUCCCUCCGAUCCAUCGGCCAGCAUGGGAGCUCUGAUAAGUAAAGCUCAUUUGGAAAAAGUCAGAAGUUACGUCAAGAAAGCCCGUGCCGAAGGGGCCCGAAUUCUGUGUGGUGAAGGGGUGGAUACAUUGAGUCUCCCCCCCAAGAAUCAAGCAGGAUAUUUUAUGCUUCCCACAGUCAUAACAGACAUUAAGGAUGAAUCCUGCUGCAUGAAGGAAGAGAUAUUUGGUCCAGUGACAUGUGUCGUCCCCUUCGAUAGUGAGGAGGAAGUGAUUCAAAGAGCGAAUAGUGUUAAAUAUGGGUUGGCAGCAACUGUGUGGUCAAGCAACGUGGGCCGUGUCCACCGAGUGGCUAAGAAGCUGCAGUCGGGCUUGGUCUGGACCAACUGCUGGCUCAUCAGAGAGCUGAACCUCCCUUUUGGGGGGAUGAAGAGUUCCGGGAUAGGCAGAGAGGGAGCCAAAGACUCUUAUGAAUUUUUCACUGAAGUCAAAACAAUCACCAUUAAGCACUGACCUCGGCCAGCAGAGAAGCUGUUAUGGUCAAUGCUCGGCUGUAGAGAAUCAGUCAUCCGACGUGGUGAGCAGACUCACCAGCAUAAAUUCUAGCCACAUCUUGA